CUCUGCCCCCAUCUCUCUCUCUCUCUCUCUCUCUCUCUCUCAUGGAAUCUGUAUCUGGAAAGACAUGGGUAUGCUCUGUUCUCUAUCUCACUUUCAUCACUACCUCUCUGUACCUUCUUCAAACCCUAAUUUUGGGUCAAUCAAUUUUGAUCCACAACAAUGUUAUUCUCAAGAAACAACCCGAUCUUCCUUUACGCUUCCGCGCCGAUGGUACUUUCAAAAUCCUACAGGUGGCUGAUUUGCAUUAUGGGAAUGGGAUUGUGACUCGGUGCAGAGAUGUGUUGGAUUCUGAGUUCGAUCACUGUUCCGAUCUCAAUUCGACCAUGUUUUUGAAGAGGAUGAUUGAGGCUGAAAAACCUGAUUUUAUUGCUUUUACAGGAGAUAAUAUAUUUGGAACAAGCUCUCCUGAUGCUGCAGAAUCAAUGUUUGAAGCUUUUGGUCCUGUCAUGGAAUCUAGACUUCCUUGGGCAGCAGUUUUAGGGAACCAUGACCAAGAAUCUACUAUGACUCGGGUAGAACUGAUGUCUUUCAUCUCUCUUAUGGAUUAUUCAGUCUCACAAACCAAUCCAUUGGCAGAAGAGACUUCUGAUCCUGCCAAAGAAAGCCUAGUUAGAGACAUUGAUGGGUUUGGCAAUUACAAUCUUAGAGUAUGGGGUGCAUCAGGGUCACAUUUGGCCAAUCACAGUGUUCUCAAUCUCUACUUUCUUGAUAGUGGAGACAGAGCAAUUGUUGGAGGAGUUCGAACUUAUGGAUGGAUUAAAGAAUCCCAACUCCGUUGGCUUCAUGGUGUUUCUAAAGCUUUUCAGGGACAAAAUCUGGAUAAUGAACAAUCAGUAGAUGUGCCUUCACCACCAGGCACACCCCCAGCAUUGACAUUCUUCCACAUUCCAAUACCCGAGAUCCACCAAGUAAAAGGGAUUGUAGGUCAGUAUCAGGAAUACGCGGCCUGUUCAUCAGUUAACUCCGGAGUAUUAAAAACUCUUGUAUCCAUGGGAGAUGUGAAGGCUGUGUUCACAGGUCAUGAUCACACCAAUGACUUCUGUGGGAAUCUAGAUGGUAUAUGGUUUUGUUAUGGUGGAGGCUUUGGAUAUCACGGUUAUGGUAGGGCAGGGUGGCCAAGGAGAGCGAGAGUCAUAUUGGCAGAACUUGGUAAGGGUGAGAAAUCAUGGGUAGGAGUGGAAAACAUCAAGACAUGGAAGCGACUUGAUGACAAGAAGCUGAGCAAGAUUGAUGAGCAAAUCUUAUGGGAUGGGCAUUCAUCAAGAUGACGAGGUUGCAGGUACAGGAAUAGCAUUCUUCUUAUCCAAUAAUAUAUGCUUCCUCUUGCUAUUAUUCCUAUUGCUUCUUGUGGUUUUCAUAUAUACAGCUUGCUUUGGGGUAGAAGUUUAGUUGUUGAUGUGCUCCUUUUUUUUCUACAUUAUAAUUGUGACUAAACCAUUAAUAGUAUAUGUAGUGAAACCAUUAAUAGUAUAUGUAGUGAUGCCAAGCCUCUAGGGUUCAAAUUUUGGGCCAUGUUGAAAAGCCAUUAUUCUAACAUUUGUGGAUGCUUUCACAAAGUUUGUUGAGCAAUUAUGCUUGUUUGAUAACACAAUUAAGUGCUUAAAUCUGAACUCAA